CCGCGACCGUACACGCGGUGAGCGCGACCCCCGCGCUGCUUCACGGGGGAGAUGAUCUCGCCGUGAGGACUCCUCCGCGCGCGGCCCCUGCCGGGAACGCUGAGGUUUCCGGAGGGGACGGUGCGCAGCUGCACUGCUGAGCCGGCCGGAGGGAGAUGGCGGUUGCACCGUCCGGCCGCCUCUGUGCCCUGCCAGGGCUCGGCGUUCGCGCCCGCCUCCAGGCCUCAGGCGGCGGUUGCGAGCCCCGGUACAGCGGCGCGAGGCGGCAGCUGCCGCAGCGCCGCGCGGGCGGGAUAUGCCGAAGCUGCGCGGGGAGGCUUUCUGGCGGGAGACGCUGCGGAGCGCCCACUACGUGGUGGCGCCCAUGGUGGACCAGAGCGAGCUGGCCUGGAGGCUGUUGAGCCGCCGCCACGGUGCCCAGCUCUGCUACACGCCGAUGCUGCAUGCCCAGGUCUUCCUCAGGGACGCCAACUACCGCCGCGAGAACCUCUACGGCGAGGCCUGUCCCGAGGACCGCCCGCUCAUCGUGCAGUUCUGUGCCAAUGACCCUGAAGUGUUUGUCCAAGCAGCACUAUUGGCUCAGGAUUACUGUGAUGCCAUAGACCUAAAUUUGGGUUGUCCCCAGAUGAUUGCAAAGAGAGGUCACUAUGGAGCAUUUCUGCAAGAGGAAUGGGAUCUUCUCCAGAGAAUGAUUUUGCUGGCUAACGAGAAGCUCUCUGUUCCCAUCACAUGCAAAAUCCGUGUUUUCCCAGAAAUUGACAAGACAGUGAAGUAUGCACAGAUGCUGGAGAAAGCUGGCUGCCAGCUGCUGACUGUCCAUGGCCGUACUAAAGAACAGAAGGGACCACUUGCUGGCGUGGCAUCCUGGGAGCACAUUCAAGCUGUUAGAAAAGCCGUGAGCAUUCCUGUGUUUGCAAAUGGAAACAUCCAGUGUCUCAGUGACGUGGAAGAAUGUAUCCGUAAGACAGGAGUGCAUGGUGUCAUGACUGCAGAAGGUAAUCUUCAUAACCCAGCUUUGUUUGAGGGCCGAAAUCCAUUGGUGUGGGAGAUGGCUGAGGAGUAUCUGGAGAUAGUGCAGAAGUACCCUUGUCCGCUGUCUUAUGUUAGGGCUCAUCUCUUCAAGCUCUGGCAUCACACGCUUCAAGUUUACCAGCAGCUGCGUGAAGAAUUAGCAAAAGUGAAGACUCUAGAGGGAAUUGUAGAUGUCAACAGGGAGCUGAAGCUACGAUGCCAGGAAGAAAUAGCUAAUCAGAAAGAAGGAGAAAAGCCAAAAGAAGGGUUGCCUUUUUUCCACUGGAUCUGUCAGCCAUACAUCAGGCCAGGGCCAAAGGAGAGAUGCAAGGAGAAUGGAACCAGGGGGACUGAAAAAGGUGUGCGAGGGAAACGUGCUCUGGAAGAGGAUGAAGAUGGAAAUUCUGAGCUUCUAUCAAAGAAUAAGCAAAAAAAGAAGUUAAGAAAUCCAAAUAAAAGCUUUGAUCCAUCUUUAAAACCCAAAUAUGCAAAAUGUGAUCAGUGUGGGAACCCUAAGGGCAAUAAAUGUGUGUUUAACAUGUGCCGUGGCUGCUGUAAGAAGAGAGCAUUCAAAGAAACAGCAGACUGUCCUGUUUUGGGAGCCAUGCAGAAGAUGGAACAAUGCUGAAAUUUCAACUCAGCUAGGAAGUAAUGCCGACAAGGUUACAAUAGAGUCCCAGAAACCGGUAUACAGAUCAUAUGUUCAUGGCAGGGAACAGAGACAGAACUCUUCUUUUCUCCCUCACCCACUGAAAUCUCAAAUGACAGAAGCUUAUGGAUGAGGAUGGUACACACAGCCAUGCUCUAAACACUAAAAUAAUCUCUCCCCACAGGCUUCCCUCUACAAAUCUUACCAACAUAGACCACUGUGUUAGGUUCUGGCCAGAUAAUGAUCAAGCAUCCCCAGCUGCUCAAACACAAUCUUAUAACAACAGUUUCUGCAUUAACACUCAAAUUAGUUUUGCUAAUUAAAAAAUAACUGCCUUUGCUUAAG